UGGUUGACUGCGACCGUACAUUCCCAUAUGAGAGAAAAUGAUUAAAGGAAUCACGCAUAUUCUUAAUCUGAACAGCCAUUCAAUUUUGUAAGACAGACAAACAUAGCUUAUCUCUCUCUCUCUCUCUCUCUCUCUCUCUCUCUCUAUAUAUAUAUAUAUAUUUAUAUAUACACACAUACAUCUCAUUUCACAAUCACAUACAUAAAGUUAUAAUAACAUAUACUAUGGUAGCUCUUGCUUCAAUUCAGUUUUCUCAUUGUCCCUUUCCAUGUGACAAUUUUCCCAAUACCCAUUUCAGAAGAACCUCUCUUUCCACACAAAACCUCAGAAAAUCAGCUUCUUUCACUCCUCCUAGGGCCUCCAUUUCAUCAGAAUCGAAAUCCAUUGAUGGUACCAAAGGUUCUCUAGCUUUCCUUGCUCCUCUUGAAGCCAUUCUAUUUGAUAUUGAUGGGACUUUGUGUGACUCGGAUCCUCAACAUUAUGAUGCUUUUCGCCUAAUGCUUCAAGAGAUAGGGUUCAAUGGUGGAGUUCCCAUUACUGAAGAAUUCUUUAUUAAAAAUAUUAGUGGGAAGCAUAAUGACGAGCUCUGUGAAGUCCUCCUUCCUGAUUGGGAUUUUCAAAAAGCAAGCACAUUUAUGGAGGAAAAAGAAGGCUUGUUUCGAAGAUUGGCUGCUGAGCAAUUAAAACCAGUCAAGGGCUUACAAAACUUGUGCAAAUGGAUAGAUGAUCGCGGCUUAAGACGAGCUGCUGUAACGAAUGCUCCUAGACCAAACGUUGAUCUCAUAAUCUCAAUGUUGGACCUUGCAAGUUUCUUCGAAAUCAUUGUCCUUGGAAACGAAUGCGAUCGAGCAAAACCAUUUCCUGAUCCAUAUUUGAAGGGUCUCCAAGAACUUGGAGUGUCACAUAAGCAUACUAUGGUGUUUGAGGACUCGGUUUCAGGAGUGAAAGCUGGGGUAGCAGCUGGGAUGCCAGUAAUUGGUUUAGGCACCAGAAACCCUGAAAACUUACUAUUAGAUGCUGGAGCUUCCUUUGUUAUCAAAGAUUUUGAUGACCCAAAACUAUGGACUGCUCUGGAGGACUUCUGAGAGACAACAUUUGAAACUUGAACACUUUCACUAGUCACAAUGGAAGCAUAUCCGGUGGAUUGAUUUGUACAAGGAAAAAUCUUUCCAUGAUUCUUUUGUUGCAGAUAUUAUUUGAAUACUCCAAUGAAAAUAAUCAAUCCAAAAGUGGAUAUAUUACAUGAUUUAUGACUCUAAGAUGUCAUUAUUAAGAUUUUGCAAUUGUUCAACUGUUACUUUAAAAAAUAUAUAAUUCAUUAUUUGUAGAUUAUCA